CCACCAACUGCACCAGAUGAAAGGUUUUCCUCCCUCCCACCUCUUGUGAAAUAUCGGAUCUCUGCAGUGAGCCACACAAGAACAGCAGCAGCCAUGAAACUUCAAGUUCUUGUCUUCCUUCUGUUCCUCACCUGCACCUCCCUGAGUAUGGCACAAGGCACGUAUGGCAAUUGCUGCCUCGGCCAUGUUGAGAGGUUGGGACAAAGAGCAAGGAAAAACAUCCAAUCUUACAGGAUGCAGGAAACAGAUGGUGAUUGCAACAUUACAGCUGUUGUGUUUGUGAUGAAGAAGAAGCCUUCACAAAAAAAACAGCGUCAUAUUUGUGGCAAUCCAGAGCACCAGUGGGUCCGAGAUGUAAUUGUGUCUUUGGAUAAGAAAAUGCAGAAUUAGACCACUGAUAAGAGAGACCCAAGAGAUGAAUGGGGGAGAGGAAUGCAGCUGUUUCACUUCCUGUCAGGCAUCAUAUAUCACCUUUAACCAGAUGGAAUAUGUUUGAGUAGAUUUUCUGUUGCUGACAGAGAUUAUCAGUCAUGUAUACACUCGCUCAGUACGCUCAACAUUAUAACCAGUGUAGCAAAAUUCAUUUAUAUGAGCCAUCGCUACCGUUCACCCAUCUGUGACGAGCAGCGCCUGCUAGAUAUGAGCCACUAUUUGGCAGCUUUGAAAUCUGUUUGCAGAGUGUGUGUGUGAUCUAUAUGUUAAAAUACUUGGGGGAUAAGAUGAGAGUUUUUAUAGAACAGAUUCCCAUAUUUUUGUACCAGCACUCUAAUGUACUUUGUGUCUUCCUAUAUCAAAUAAACAAUAACAAA